AUGGCCUCCAUCGCGCGCACUUCUCUGCUCCGACAGGCCGCCACCGCGUCCCGGAUGGCCUCUGUCCGUCCCGCCUUCCAGCAGCAACCCCUCUUCCAGACCACCGCCCGGAUAGCCGCGUUCCACGCCUCGAGCAGACGGAACUUGCUGCCGCCACCGAAGCAGGUCAUCAUCGGCGGUGUCAACGAUGCCGCCCCCAUCCCGGCGCCCAACCCCAGCCACGGCUCCUACCACUGGACCUUUGAACGUCUCGUCGCUGCCGGCAUCGUGCCCCUGACCGUCGCGCCCUUUGCCGCCGGCUCGCUCAACCCCACCACCGACGCCGUCCUGUGCGCCCUGCUGCUCGUCCACUCGCACCUCGGCCUCCAGGUCCUCGUCACCGAUUACAUCCCCGAGAAGCGCUUCCCAACGGCGCGCAAGGCCACCUCGUGGGGGCUCAACGCCAUCACGGCCCUCGUCGGCCUGGGCCUGUACGAGUUCGAGACGAACGAUGUCGGCGUCACGGAGCUUGUCAGCAAGCUGUGGCACGCAUAA